ACCAUGCGUAAGAAGCAUGUAUGUGUAAUGAGCAUGUAUUAUCCUAGUUUUCUUUUAUUAUUAAAUACCAACCCGGUUUUUGGGUAUUUUAAAACUCUCGUCUUUGUAAUAUAAUAUGGACAGCAAAUAAUGAGUAGUGCUGGUAAAAAAUAAAUAAGUAAACUCACAAAAUCUGAAGAGCCAAAUUAGCAAAGAGAAAACUCUUUGAUCCACGGAAUUGAACUCAUCAUAUCCGUUUAUAAUCUACAUAUGUAAAUGCAUGGCGAGAGAAGCAAAAGCAAGAAGAUGAAAUGGAGGUUUCAAAUACUAAAUACUGUAGUCAUUACAAUAUUAGACAACAAAUUAAAUUGAUUCUCCCAGGUGGAAGGUGACUUCUAUUAAUUUUCUCUAUGUCUAGCCAAAGCAACUUCUUUGGCUACUAAUAUAACUGUAACUUCUCUUGAUACUCGCGAGGUAUAUAAAUACAGAGUGUUAUAUACGAUUUAUAAAUGAGAAACUAUUGGAGAGAAGAUCCCACAUUGGAAAAUCAAUGGGACAUUAAGUAAUAUAUAAAGGGUUAGGGCCAAUCCACUAAUUGCCAAUUGGUUUUGAGUUAGAAGCCCAUAAUAAACCCGAAUCUAACAUGGUAUCAGAGCCCAGAUCCUAAUAAGUUAAACCCCUAAUUAAUAUUAACCCUACCCGACCGGAUAUAUAGGUCAUAAUUGACUCGCUCGACCGAGUAUAACUGUCUUAAAAAAGUUUCCGAGAUUUAUGGCCGAGAAGAGCCAUCAUCUCGAGGAGGGGUAUUAAGGGAUAUGUAUCCCACAUUGGAAAAUCAAUGGGACAUUAAGUAAUAUAUAAAGGGUUAGGGCCAAUCCACUAAUUGCCAAUUGGUUUUGAGUUGGAAGCCCAUAAUAAACCCGAUGUGGGAUCUUCUCUCCAAUAGAAACCCUAGUUUGGACGUAUCGUCUUCGAGGCUUGAGAAGUUGAGACCAUCAUUGUUUGCUUCCGUUUCAGUUUCAGUGCUUCAGAUAAUGAUUAGGGUGUUAAGAUAAGGUUGAAAAAAUCAUAAUUGUUGUAGAGGAAAUAGAGCGGAAGUACAAGGAUGCCGAGAAUAACGUAGAAGAGUUGGAGCGACGUGGGUGCACCGUGGUUCACGGUUUUAAGGUGCACUCCAUGGACACGGAACAUCGCGAAUCGAUAUGAUAUAGAAUCAUAUACUCUGGUAAAAAAAGAAGCUUGAUUCUUGUCUUCGAAAGGAUAAAUUAACAGAAUAUUGAAUGCUUUCGAAAUACAUAAAUACUCACAAAGUUCGAAGACCCAAAACUAAUCUCGUAAACAAACAGAACCAAACAUUUAAGUCUUCUUUGACCCAUGCAUCCAUAGAUACAUAUAUGAAUGCAGAAAUAUCAUAUAUAUACAGGGUGUGAGAAGUUAAGUCAUGCACAGAUGAAAUGGAAGUCCAAGAAACUAAAAGGUUAAAACACUACAAUAACAAACAAAAGAUACUUUUGGUUGGAGAAGGAGACUUCUCCUUUUCUCUGUCUCUAGCCAGAGCCUUUGGUUCAGCAACAAACCUUAUUGCUACCUCUCUCGAUUCUCAAGCGGAGCUAGAGCGCAAUUACAAGAAUGGGAAGGCGAACGUAGAAGAAUUGGAGAGACUCGGGUGCAAUGUAGUCUUUGGAGUUAACGUCCACUCCAUGACCACAAAGCAUAACCUUGGUUGUUCUGCUACAUACGAUAGAGUCAUUUUCAAUUUCCCUCACGCUGGAUUCGAUUAUGGUCGUGAGCACGAAAUCAAAACAAUCAUGUACGAUAGAGUAACCUCAUUUAUUGUUGUCUUCCCUUUGGUUCUCUUUGGUAUUUUUAUAUUUUGGGAAGGAAAAUACAUUUUCGGUUGGUUCAGGAGGCAUCAAGAACUUGUGAGAGGUUUUAUGAAGAGUGCGAGACUGUUGGUGAAAGACGAAGACAAGGGAGGAGAGAUUCAUGUGGUUCAUAAGACGGAAUAUCCAUUCAGCGAGUGGAAGCUCAAGACUCUGGGUGAGAAAGAAGGCUUAGAAUUGGUCAGUGAGAUCGAGUUUUGCUUAAAUCAUUAUCCUGGUUAUUCCAACAAGAGAGGAAGUAGAGGUUACAAUGACUCUAGCUUCCCUGUUGGAAAAUCAUCUACCUUCAUUUUUAAGAAACAGUUCUUUUAUUAAUUUGGAAUCAUAUUUAUUUGUAUUGAAAUGUUUAAUAUUUUCCACAUGCUAGUACUUCCUCUAUCCUAUUUUAUAAGAUGUUUUUUUUAUUUUAUAAUAUUUGUGAGUCCAUUAUUAAUUUUUCAGUAUUUACGUGGUUAUAUCUAGCUAUGUUUUUUGCCAUUAUAUAUUUCGUGCCUUUGGACGAAAAAUUAAAAAAACAAUAAUAUAUAUAAUAGAAACCAAAAUUAUAUAUAAAUAUAUUUUUGUUUGAAACCUAAAUUGUAAACAAAUUAUACAUUACAAAAUAGAAUUACUUUAAAAUAAUAUGAUUUAGACAAAAAGGAGUAUUGAUUUUGUGAUCCAAAAGAGAUCAGUGUACAGGUUUUCUUAUAUUUUAAAUCAGCCUCAAAAAAAAUAAUUGUAGCGGAUUCUGAUUAAAUCAUCUUCAUUAAUAAUGUUCAAGAUUGUUUACUAAAAAUUAAAAGAAAAAACAUUAAUCAAUGUUUGUCUCUUGUAUUUUCUCAAAAUUGUUGAUGAUUUCUGAAAAUUAAUCUGAAGUGAAAAUUAUCUGGAUGUUAGAGCACCUUCAAUGAAAGUUUCUUAGCUACCAUAUUUUCACUAAAUAGUAAUUUUCUAUAUAUUAAUAGAAAAACAUUAAAAAAGUUAUAACUUGUAGUUUUUAGUAAUUAAAAAAAUGUUACGCUGAGUUGUCACGUAAUUGGAAGUCAAUUUUGUUUAUAUGGCAGUUUGAGAAUCAAUUGAGAAUUUGGUUAGUCGAAAGUUAAAUUGCUAGUAAAUGUUAAAUUAUAUAGAAUGUUUAUUAUGGAUCAUUCAUUUAUCAAAUCAAAAUUAUUAUAUAUUCUUUUCUUAAAUAAAAAUUACGGAAUUAACUAACAUGAUUAAGAUAUAUAUGACAAUUAAUGAUUUUAAAUAAUAAAGAUUUGCUAAUAAU